CCCUUUCUUUUCCUAUAGCUUCCAGCUAUGCCCUGAGUCAGGCAGCUACAGAAACUGACACCCACAGGGUUAAGUUGCUGUAGUUCUCCCUCCUCCCCCCAGUCCCCCUUUUCACUGUAGGCUGGCAGCUGUCCUAACUGCCUACUGAAGCCAAAUGCUUGAGGAGAGAGAGAGAGAAAGGAGCCAGCCAUGAAUCCUUUCCAGAAGAAUGAGUCCAAGGAAACUCUUUUUUUACCUGUCUCCACUGAAGACGUACUGCCUAGACCUCCAAGCCCUCCAAAGAAGCCAUCUCCGAAAAUCUGUGGCUCCAGCUAUCCACUGAGCAUUGCCUUCAUUGUGGUGAAUGAAUUCUGUGAGCGGUUUUCCUAUUAUGGCAUGAAAGCUGUGCUGACCUUGUAUUUCCUGUAUUUCCUGCACUGGAAUGAAGACACCUCCACAUCUGUGUACCAUGCUUUCAGCAGUCUCUGUUAUUUCACUCCCAUCCUGGGAGCAGCCAUUGCCGAUUCAUGGUUGGGAAAAUUCAAGACAAUCAUCUAUCUCUCCCUGGUGUAUGUGCUUGGCCAUGUAUUCAAGUCUUUGGGUGCCAUACCAAUACUUGGGGGGAAAAUGCUACAUACAAUCCUAUCAUUGGUUGGACUGAGUCUAAUAGCUCUCGGGACAGGGGGCAUCAAACCCUGCGUGGCAGCUUUUGGUGGAGACCAAUUUGAAGAAGAACAUGCAGAGGCACGGACUAGAUACUUCUCAGUCUUCUAUCUUUCCAUCAAUGCAGGGAGCUUGAUUUCUACAUUUAUCACUCCCAUGCUGAGAGGAGAUGUGCAAUGCUUUGGGGAAGACUGCUACGCACUGGCGUUUGGGGUUCCAGGACUGCUGAUGGUAGUAGCACUUGUGGUCUUUGCAAUGGGAAGCAAGAUGUACAGAAAACCACCUCCUGAAGGAAACAUAGUGGCUCAAGUUAUCAAAUGUAUCUGGUUUGCUAUUUCCAAUCGCUUCAAGAACCGUUCUGGGGACAUUCCAAAGCGACCACACUGGUUGGACUGGGCAGCAGAGAAAUACCCAAAACAUCUUAUUAUGGAUGUGAAGGCAUUGACCAGGGUACUAUUCCUUUACAUUCCACUGCCCAUGUUCUGGGCUCUUUUGGACCAGCAGGGCUCACGAUGGACACUGCAAGCUAACAGAAUGGAUGGGGAUCUGGGAUUUUUUGUGCUUCAGCCAGACCAGAUGCAGGUGCUAAAUCCCUUUCUGGUCCUUAUUUUCAUCCCGUUGUUUGACCUUGUCAUUUAUCGUCUGAUCUCCAAGUGCGGAAUUAACUUCUCAUCACUUCGGAAAAUGGCUGUUGGCAUGAUCCUAGCAUGUCUUGCAUUUGCCGUUGCAGCACUUGUAGAAAUAAAAAUAAAUAGAAUGACCCAGUCCCAGCCAGCUUCACAAGAAAUUUUCUUACAAGUCUUGAACCUGGCAGAUGGUGAAGUAAAGGUAACAGUGCUGGGAAAUGGAAACACUUCUCUAUUGGUGGAGUCUGUCAAAUCCUUUCAGAAAACACCACACUAUUCCAACCUACAUCUGAAAACAAAAAUCCAGGAUUUAUACUUCCACCUGAAGUAUCAUAAUCUGUCUGUCCACAAUAAACAUUCUGUAGAGGAGAAGACUGGGUAUACUUUGAUCAUUCAUGAGGAUGAAAAAAGUGUCUCCAGUAUUAUGGUAAAGGACUUAGAAAGCAAAGAAGUCAAUGGGAUGACUACCAUCAGGUUUAUUAACACUUUGCAUAAAGAUGUCAACAUCUCAUUGGGUACAGAUGUUCCUCUCAAUGUUGGCAAAGACUAUGGCAUAUCUACUUACAGAACUGUGACAGGAGGAGAAUACCCUGCAGUUCUUUGUAAAACAGAAGAUAAAGACUUUUUUCUGAAUUUAGGUCUACUAGGCUUUGACGCAUCAUAUCUGUUUGUUGUCAAUAAUGUCACCAAUCAGGGCCUUCAGGCCUGGAAAACAAGAGACAUCCCAGUCAGUCAACUGUCCAUUGCAUGGCAGCUACCACAGUAUGCCCUGGUUACGGCAGCAGAGGUCAUGUUCUCUGUCACAGGACUUGAGUUUUCUUAUUCCCAGGCACCAUCUAGCAUGAAAUCUGUACUCCAGGCAGCCUGGUUGUUGACAGUGGCAGUUGGGAAUAUCAUUGUGCUUGUUGUGGCACAAUUCAGUGGCCUGGUACAGUGGGCUGAAUUCAUUUUGUUUUCCUGCCUUCUGUUGAUGGUCUGCCUGAUCUUCUCCAUCAUGGGCUACUACUAUGUUCCUGUAAAGUCAGAGGCUAUUCAUGGGCCAACAGAUAAGAAGAUCCCUCAUAUUCAGGGGAAUAUGAUCAACCUAGAGACCAAGAAUACAAAGCUCUGAUGACUCCCUGGACUGACAACCCUGGUUUCAGCCAUCACUUAUCUUCAAGCAUUUUUUUCUAUUCCUACUGGGUUAGGAGAAGGAGAUAGCAUUCUAUCUGAGUUAUCUCCAACUUUCUAUCAUGAGAGAGGCAAUACUAGGAAUAGGUUUUCCAGUAUAUCUUUAAACAAGGACCCAAGAGUCUAUGUCCUUCAAGCUGUCAAUGAAUUCAGUAAACUUCAGGUAAUGUUGCUCCAGCUGGCUGGUAUCUCCAAAUGACCAUGAAAAUACAAAUAUAUAAUUGAGAUAAGUCUUUGUGGGUAUGCAAAGUUUGGAGAUUCCUUUAUCAGGCACCUGCCCUUUAGAAGGGAUGACUCAAAUUUUUGAGGGGCAAAAAUGCAGAAUAACAGAGGUAUGGUAUUUGAAGUUUCUCUAUCAGCUGUGUAAUUGCGCUAUUCACAAAGAUAUAAAAAAUGGUGUGUAUGGCAUGAUCUGAUCCAGGGACUGGCUUGUCAGCUAUUAAGUUCAAUAAGAUCUUAGAUGGCAGGACAUAGUAGGCCAUUUUAUUCCUAAUAUAUGGAAGCAAUAUCUUUCUGAUUACCACAGUACUUUAUCAACUUACCCAAAGACUCCUUUCUCAGUACUGACAGAUCCUGGAAACCACAAUUAAAGAGUAAAUGCGGUCAUGGUGAACAGGAACAAGUAUAAACUGUAGAACUCCUAGGGAGCUAUUCACUCUUCUUUAGUGUACAUUCCUCUAAGAAGCUAUGAUGUUUGGCCCUGAACUGUGCUCUUCUGCAGACAUUUGUUUAAGAAACCGACUGUAUUUUGCAACUUAGGCUUUUCAGUAUUGCUGGGACAGCUUUGUCUUAUUAUUGCAUCUAUUUUUUGCUUAUUGCAACAAAUCUUCAAAAACAAAAUGUUUUCGUAAGCCCAACUUCCUUUAACACCCCCCCCCACUUAGCUUCUUCAUUAUGAAUUUUUCCUGGUUUACUUUUCCUGUAGUUUUUAUUUGCAAUUUCUCCCUGUAGUCUUGGACUUUUCCUGUUUAUUGAAAAGGGGUAAUGCUAAUGUCCUAGGUUUAAGCUCCUGAAUGGUAUUCAGCAAAUGGGGAUGGUCUUGAAUGAAGAUCCUAUCAAAAUCCACAGGUGAACAGAGCACGUAGCAUUUCUGUUUGUGUGUUUGAAUGAAAAAAAAGUUGAGAAACAUUAUCUCACAUGCAGUGAAUGGAUUGAGGGGCAGACCCGGGAAUAUCAUGACCAUGUAGCAUGUUGCUAGGAGGAAAAUUUUAUAACUCAUGUACUAAAUACCUCAUUCCCACUCAUUUUAAUCCAUCAUGGUUCCAUCUAGAUCCAUGUUGGGUCUCACAUUGUUAAUAAUGUAACAGGUUCUUAAGAGAAUUUGCUCUAGUACCCCAAGUUUUAUAGACUUUAGUUUUAAUCACCAAGAUCUCAGAAGUAGUGAAGUGAUAGCAACACCGUCCGGUUUCUUCAGAUAUCUUGAUGUGAACUGACCGUAUUCCUUUAGAAGACAAUAUGUUUAAUUUUAAACAGCUUUAACUCAAAACUAUUUUAUGAAUUUUGUUUCAAGAGAUGUUAACACUGAUCGGUGAAUAAAAGUUUUUAUGGACAAGUAAAUUUGGGAAAUAAGGUAAA